AAAAAAAAAAAAGAUACCCAACGCUGUAGUGUACAUCAGACCAGGUCACCAUCUCCCUCCCGCCUGCAUUUUCCGGGACCCCUCCUCCCCUCCCUCCCACCAACUCAAUCCGAAUAAUUUACCCCGCCAUCCAGAAACCGUCCCAAAAAUUUCCCAAAACCUCGACUGUACACAAAAAACCAGCUUUGAGAGUCAACAGUCGACGGACGCAACUCUACUCAUCCUCUAGAAACUCAACCGACCACAAACCAUGGCCGCCCCUCAGGAGUUGGCCGAGCGUCCCAAGACGGAGGACAAGGUCUACGUCGACACCGACGCCGGCGCCGACGAGCCCUCGACCCAGGGCACCGAGUCCUCCCCCUUCAAGUCCCUCGCCGCCGCCUACAUCGCCAACAACGAGAACUUCACCUCGCGCCAGUUUCUCACCCGCGCCUCCAAGACGGGCGACGACGAGGCCGCCCGCCUCGAGUGGAAGGAGCCCGCAAAGAGCGCCGUGAAAAAGGCCCAGUCCGCCCUCGACGCCCACCGCAAGAAGCUCGUCAAGCAGGCCCAGAUCGAGGCCAAGGAGGAGGAGCAGAAGAAGGCCCGCCAGCAGGCCCUCGAGGCCGCCAAGCAGAUCGUCAUCAAGGAGGAUGAGUCCCUGCCCGCCGCGAAGCGCAUCACCAUCGCCGACAAGACCGUCGUGCUGGGCGAGGGCGAUAAGAAGGGCGACCGCGUCAAGAUUGCCGGCCGCAUCCACAGGCUGCGCGCCCAGAAGCAGGCCACCUUCAUCACCCUCGUCGACGGCUACGGACACCUGCAGUGCGUGCUCCAGGCCGGCGACCUCACAAAGACGUACGACGCCCUCACCUUUGCUCAGGGAACCUCCCUCUGGGUCUACGGUGAGCUGAAGAAGGUCCCCGAGGGACAGACGGCCCCGGAUAACCGUGAACUCCACGUCGACUACUACAAGGUCAUUGGCACUUCGCCCUCGGACGAGGAUGCCAUCACCAACAAGGUCUCGCUGCUGCAGAACCAGUGGGACUCCCAGAUGCUGGACAGCCGCCACUUGGUUCUCCGCGGCGACAACGCGUCCGCCAUCAUGAAGAUCCGCGCCGCCGUCGAGUGGGCCUUCACCAAGACCUACAAGGACCUCAAGAUGACAAAGGUCUCUCCCCCAGCUCUGGUCCAGACCCAGGUCGAGGGCGGUUCCACACUUUUCUCCGUUCCCUACUACGACGAGGCUGCCUACCUCACCCAGUCCUCCCAGCUGUACCUCGAGACCGUCCUCCCCAGCUUGGGCAGCGUCUACUGCAUCGAAAAGUCCUUCCGCGCCGAGCGCAGCUUGACCCGUAGACACUUGUCCGAGUACACCCACGUCGAGGCGGAGCUCGACUUCAUCGAGUUCCCUGAUCUGCUUGCCCAUCUCGAGGAGGUCAUGUGCCGCGUCAUCGACAACGUCCUCGCCGAUGAGGAGAUCGCCGCAUACGUCAAGGAGCUUAACCCCGACUUCAAGAAGCCCGUCCGCCCCUUCUUGCGCAUGAAGUACACUGACGCCAUUGACUGGCUCAACGCCCAAGACCCCCCCAUCCUCAACGAGGACGGCGAGACCCACAAGUUUGGCGACGACAUUGCUGAGGCCGCCGAGCGCAGGAUGACCGACAUCAUCAACAAGCCCAUCUUCCUCACCCACUUCCCCACCGAGAUCAAGGCCUUCUACAUGAAGAAGGACCCCAACGACCCGCGCGUCACCGAGAGCGUCGACUGCCUGAUGCCCGGCGUCGGAGAGAUUGUUGGUGGAUCGAUGAGAAUGGAGGGCUACGAUGAGCUCCUCGCCGCCUACGACAGAGAGGGAAUUCCGUCAAAGGACUACUACUGGUACACUGACCAGAGAAAGUACGGCACCUCUCCCCACGGCGGCUACGGUCUCGGCCUCGAGCGUUUCCUGGCCUGGUUGGCCAACCAGCACACCGUCCGUACGACAUGCUUGUACCCCCGCUACAUGGGACGCUGCAAGCCUUAGAGGAUUGGCCAGAGUGUAAGGUUCGAUGUUGAAGAAGAAAGAUAGAGAGACACGGGAGAGAGAAAGAGGAGUGCGACAGGGGAAGAAAAAUACAACCCGGCGUGCUUUGAAAAGCGUUGCGGCAGAGGCAUGAGCGAGAUCACUCAGGAUUUCGACGGGGGCUUUGCAAUGGUUUUUUGACAGCGAUUUGCUGCAAAGGGUACCAAGAGACGGUGUCGGUGGGCUAGAUAGGAGUUUACGGAAUAUCACAACCAAUCUCCAUCGGAGCGCUCAACUCCAGUGAGAAAGACAGCAAAACGAUUUGAGCUAUCAAACACAAGUGAC